AUAAAAGGCUGGAUCACUUCCUCUUGGUUAGAAACACUUUUACAACCCUUUUAGUAUAUUUUUCUGGGGAUUUCACUCAACUCUGGGCAGCACAUGGAAAUGGAGGACCAGAUGGAAAGCCAGAAGAGGAGAGGAGUGAGCAGCGAUAAGCUAAUAUCUGAAGGGCCGGUUGGAUCUCUGGGAUGUUGCGGCUGGGUGCUGGUCAUUCUCUCAGGGUUUUUCGUUUUUUUGACCUUCCCAAUAACAAUCUGGGCUUGCUUUAAGAUUAUUCAGGAGUAUGAGCGAGCCGUCAUCUUCAGACUUGGUCGCAUCACAGACCGAAAGGCAAAAGGACCAGGAAUUUUCUUCAUUUUGCCAUGCACCGAUUCUAUUGUGAAAGUGGAUCUGAGAACUGUGUCAUUUGACAUCCCACCACAAGAGAUUCUCACUAAGGAUUCAGUCACUGUGAGUGUGGACGGUGUUGUGUACUUCAGAGUAAGCGACCCCAUCGCCUCUGUGGCCAACGUGACUAACGCUGACUUCGCCACUCGGCUGCUGGCACAAACCACCCUCAGAAAUGUUCUUGGCACCAAGAACCUCGCAGAGGUCUUGUCUGAUCGGGAGGGCAUCGCCCACAGCAUGCAGUCAAGUCUGGAUGAAGCCACGGACAACUGGGGCAUCAAGGUGGAACGUGUGGAGAUCAAAGAUGUGAAACUGCCUCUUCAGCUGCAGAGAGCCAUGGCUGCCGAAGCUGAAGCAGCUCGAGAGGCCAGGGCAAAGGUGAUUGCAGCUGAAGGUGAAAUGAAUGCCUCCCGGGCCCUGAAGGAGGCAUCUCUUGUUAUUGCAGAGUCUCCAUCAGCCCUGCAGCUCCGCUUUCUGCAGACUCUCAACACCAUUGCAGCGGAGAAGAACUCCACCAUCAUCUUCCCACUGCCUAUUGAUAUCAUAUCUCACUUCAUGCGCAAGUGAGGCUGCUGAAGCUAUCAUUUGGAGUAUGAGGAAGGAGUUGGGCUGCAUUUAUUGCCUAUGCUAGAGAAAAAAAACUGCCAGAAUUCACUGCCAAUCCUUCAUGGCUUAGUGAUUGUUAGCUUUGAUCAAACAGAGUAUUUCUUAUGGAUGUGAUAUCAUUAGAAAAUAAAAUGCCAAUGUAAUGUGAUUUCUAAUUUUGUGUCUGAAAUGAUGUUAUACAAGUAACUUAAUGUUUUAAUAAACGCAUUUGCUUCAUUGUGUCGAAAAACUCCAAAA